AUGCUUGUCUCCUUGCACGCCAGAAUGGCCUGGACUACAUUUGGAUUGACUCGUUAUGUAUCGAUAAAAACUCGUUUGAUGAGGUCUCUCAUGCCAUCAACUCCCUUUCGGAAUAUUUUCAAAAUGCGCGCAUUUGCUUCGUUUACCUAUUCGAUCUGCCCUGCUGCCCGCCUUACGAAUGUGCAAAAACCUGGAAGAAAUCUCUGUUCUGGAAUCGAUCCUGGAGUCUUCAAGAACUCCUGUUCCCUAAGAGAAUCUACUUCUAUGACUGCAAUUGGCACCUUCGAGGGGACACUUCUUCGCUCGCUUUCCAAUCUUUCUUAG